AUGCCCGGUUUCGAAUACACGGCUGAACACGAUGCGCUGCUCGAGGGCAUCGCGCGCACAGACACGAUCCCCGAAACCGUCACUUGGGACACGCUCAGAGACGCGAUCAAGGCCAAGAUAGAGAAGAACAUCGCUGUCUUCCUUGAGGAAUGCAAACCCCAACCACCCCCUCCGCCAUUCCCCCCACAAUCCACCGCGUCCGGAGGCCUUCGCCUCGCCCCCUUUCCCCCACGUAAACCUCAGCAGGUAGCCCCCACUUCCAUCCCCCUCACGCCCACCCCUCACCUCCUCCAGGACACACCCGAACCACCCAUCAACUACAUGUCCGCCGAACAAGCCUCCGACCUCAAGCUCGCCAUCUUCGACCAGCUCGACCAAUUCGACGCCUCCCCACCCUUCACCAUCCAGCGCCUCGCCGAGCUCUGCACCGCCCCGCGCGCGCACUACGCCGCCGCUGGCAAGUACCUCCGCGCCCUCGAGCGCGCCAUCCUCGUCACCUCCGGCACCGACGCCUUCCCCGCGCUCCCCGUCGAGGCGCGCGCCCCCCUGCGCCCCGAGGACGAGAUCGGGGCGGCGAUGCCGUCGGCGGGCGCGGCGCUCUCGACGCCGACGACGCCGAUGUUCUCGCCGGUGCCGUUUGCGCAUGCGGAUGCGCGGAGGGCGCCGUCGCCGUUGACGCUGUCGGAGCCGCGGGUUAUUGGGCUGGUGGAUGAGCUGGACGAUCCGAGGCCGGGGCAUUUGUCUGACAAGCCGACGGCGCUGUCGGCGGUCACCGAGGUGCCAGAGGAGGCGGAGAAGGCGCUGGAGGCCCGCUUCACGAAGGGAGAGACGUCUGAGGGCGAGGCGAAGACAGAGGAAAAGGUUGCGUGAGGUGGUUCACGACGAUCGUUUGUACGCUUGUAUCUUUUCUUAUGCUUGUGCUCACGCUACUUAGAUGUAUGAUAUGCUUUGUGAUCGU